AUGAGAAGAAGUGCAAUACAAAUACUUACUCAACUUAAUGUAACAACGGAUCAUAUAAUGGUAUUUAGUGGACACCGUUCACUUGGUGGAGUUGCAUCAUAUCAAACAUUUACGAAAGAGAUAAUGAAUAGUACUGUUUCAAUGAUUAUUCUAAAGCAAGAUUUAAAUCAAGAUUCAUAUCAAGAUUCAAAUCAAGAUUCAGGCAAAUUACUAUUAAAGUCUCUUCCAAUUGAUCAUCAUCCAAUUCGAUCUAAAAUUUUCAAGUCUAAACCUUUCAAGCCAUAUGACAUCUCAAAGCCUUUUAUUAGUCCAGUCAAGAAAAGUAAAGAGAAUAUUCCCAAAAAUGUUCAAGAGAAUGCUCAAGAAAGUUUUCUGCCUUCUAAUUCUAAUCUGAUUGAAAGUGCACCUAAAAUUAUGGUUGAAAAUUGUAAAGAUUGCAAUAUUGAUAUCAAAAUUUCUUUUAAUAA